AUGGCGGCGAAGGCUGAACCAAUCGGCCCACGGAAUGGCCACGAAUUGGCGCCAUUGAAUACUAGAGCUGAUGGAAGCGAGCGACCUCACGGAGUCACAAUAGUCCUGCAGGGAUCAAGGAAUUCCUUACAACGCGACGCUCCAGAAGAGGAUAGAGCGGCGUGGUCGGGUAAACUGCAGUUCUUCCUCUCUAUAAUCGGAUACUCUGUUGGUCUGGGGAACAUUUGGCGCUUUCCUUACCUGUGCCAGCAAAAUGGCGGAGGUGAGUCCGUUGUUGUAUUUUAA